AUGAAAUUCGACUCUUUGACUAUUGAAAUAUUUUUCGGUUUCCAACUAAUAGCGAGGACUUUUGCACCAGGCAGGCUGUUAGCUAGUGUGUAUCAUCUUACGAGAAAAGAAUACGGUGUGGAUCAACCAGAAGAAGUUUGGAAAAGCACGGAUUUUCAAGAACGGGAAUCUUAUGAUAUGUUGGGAUUCUCCUAUGAUAAUCAUCCACGCUUGAAACGUAUUUUAAUGCCUGAAAGUUGGAUAGGAUGGCCCCUACGUAAGCAUUAUAUUGUCCCCAAUUUUUAUGAAAUACAAGAUGCUUAUUGA